AUGGCCGACUCGACAGUGACUGACGUAAGCAAAUUAAAGGUUGUUGAUUUAAGGAAAGAGCUAAAAUCUCGUGGACUCUCGUACACCGGUGAUAAAGCUGAACUUGUGGCAAGGCUUCAAGCAGCCAUCACCCAAGACGAUCACGGCGACAUUAACUUAGAUUCUGAUGAAAUUGACUCUGAUGGAGUCCUUGAAGACGAAGAUGAUAAAAGUCAAACAGAUAUCUUGGACGAUACAGCAGUUGACACUUUAAACGAAGAAUUGGCUCUGGAAGAACAUUCCAAAACAAGUGAAUCAAAACCACUAAGAACUCUUAAGAGGAAAAUUACUCCGACAGAACUGAUAAAAGAUAAAUCUUCUCAAGACAGUAAGGAAACAGGCUCUAAAAAAAUUGUGUUAAAUAGGGCUGCUUCAUUGACAACUGUUCCCAAACCUACAGAGGAUAGUGUUGAAAUCAAACCGGAGGUGAAGCUUCCUAUUAAUAACAAAGUUAAAAUAACUGCUGAUAUAGAUCCUAAAACACGGUUAGAAAUGAGAGCAAAACGAUUUGGUCUACCAGUUAAAAUGUCAGAAGAUGAACGAAAGGAAGCCAGGAAACAGCGCUUUGGUCAAACUGCGUCAAACACAACAAUUUCCAAUAAUACUAUUUCAAGUUCUGGCUCAUUACAGGAAAAUUUAGAAAAAUUAAAACAGAGAGCUCAAAGAUUUGGGCAGUCAGUAUCCUCAAUUAUGACAGAUAUUGAAAAUAAAGAGAAAUUAGAAAAACGUAAAGCCAAAUUUGGAGUAACAAAAUAA